AAGCAUUCUUUUUCUUAGUUGUACUACACUCUCACUCUGACGAGUCUUUCACGAGCUCCACGCCUCUACCUCUACAACUUGUUCUUUUUGACGAGAGUUCUUGUGCUUAAACAAGAACAAAAUCAUGCCAGCCGCGUCGACACCAGGCAGUACGACGAGGACUUCCUCGGGCCGAACAGCUCCGCCAGUCGGCGGCGUAGGGCAAGCAAGAGCUGGCGUCAGAACAGGGGUACCGGUUGGCGCUGCUUCUGUCAAUCCGACUCCCGCGACUUCAUCCACUACCAUUAUGUUUUUUUAUCGCAUCGGCAAGUAGAAGAACCUUGACAGACAGGUCAGGACAUCAAAGUGUUGAGAAGAUGGAGGUUUUAUGUUGAUUAUGAUCAUUACCUGUUAAACUUUGACAGACAUAUUGUCAAGAUUCUAGAGUUCGCCCUUCUUUCUCUUCUCUAGUACGUAUGAGAAAGUAAUUUCUAUUUCAUCUGCAACAUCUCGUCCAUCUGCUCUUCUAAGUCACUGAAAGCUGCUACUUCGGUUUCCGACAUCGCAACGUCUUCCGAGUCGUCUGGUAUUGAUUGGACAGGCGUCGUUCUGGACUUAGCAAGCGGAAUUGUACCACCACCAGAAAGGCUCUUCGAUCUGGCGAUGAUAUUGUUACGUGAGACAGGUGUUGCGAUAGCCCAGAAAAAUACAAAUAGUAUGUCAUGUGACAAUUGACGAAAAUGUAGUGAUUCGAAGUACUUAUAUAGUUUUUCCAUCCCAGUGUUUUCCUUUGAUUGUUCAUCUUCAUGAGAGAACUGCGCUAGGAUCUUCUGGUAAAAGUGCUAGAGAAGGUACACGCAGAAACGAGUAGAGAAUAAAUCUGAACUAGUGAAAAUAUCUAGCACUAUCUGAUAGUCUAUUCCUAUUGAGCUUCUGUUUUGUUCUAGCAAUUGAUUUUUUUUUCAGGAACGCCGGGCUCUCUGGUUCCUUUUCUAUGACUCUUAUAUGACUCUAAUCCCAAUGCUGCUUGUAGCGGGAUUUCAUUGCUUCAUGCAUUUCUUCUUCUUGUACUACUUCGACUCAGAGACGGCCAAGCGAAAAAAAGCCAAGAAAGAGCAAGACGAGGGAAAAAAAUUUCCGUACUACUUCUCACUUCAUUCAGCUUCCUUGUACUCAUCAUGUGUACGUCGAUGAGUCAUAGCAUUCUGUGUGUGAUGGGUGAAGUUUCCAAGAAAGAGGGACAAGAAGAACGUGUAGCAUCUCAGAUAAAAACGAGUACUAGCAGACUACACUAGAAGCUAUGUUGGCGUUGGGUGUAAUAGCUAGCUCCGAUGAUCCCAAUUUCAUUAGUUUCCACGUUCUAACGUCCGAAUGCACUAAUCUAAAUUUUCAGGUUUGCAAUCGUUGUGGGCGCGUUUACUCUUGCAGUUGUCGGAUACGAGUAUGGCGGAUGUUACGCCUGUGCUUUCAAGAAAUAUCUUGGCAUGACCACCAGUUUGAUCCAAGGAGCACCGGAAGCAGGGCUACCGGUUGGCGGUGAGCUAUAAUAGCAAUAGCAAAGAAGUAGCUGCAGUGUGGCAGAAGAAAAAUCCAUGAAAUAUUAAUGGAACCCCACGAUUUAUUCAUCUACUUUCAUCAUGUCGAUCCAAAGAAGAGAUUCCCGUUUAAUACAAUACAGAAGCAUCAUGCAAGUGCAACUGUCCCCUACUUGUGACCUUUAUGGUUUUUCAUUUUCAACAAGGGCGACCCUGGUGUUGAGGGAAAAAGAAAUGACUGUCCUUUUCGCAAUGCUGCUGUAAAAGAAACUAUUUAGACUUUAAGUUGACCUCGGUCAACUUCAUUAUUCGGCAGAGUGUGACGCGAGACACCAACUCGACGAAAACUUGGCGACUCGAUUGACUGUAGUAAACAACCAAAACGGCAGGACUCUUCUCAGAAAUUCAUCUUGGUCCUUUAAGGCGAACAAAAACUAUAAAAAUUAGCUCUGAC